ACAGGACCGCGAACUACAACUCCCAGACUGCUCCGCGCUCCGGUAACCCUCGCCCCUGCACGUUUCCGCUCUUCCGUCUCACUUCCUUUCCUUUCAGACAGGGGUUGGCUAAUCGCUUCGUCCUUGGGAGAGGCAGCUCGACGGUCCCGCCCAAGCCUCUCUUACUCAGGAUGUUUUCCUCUCCUACUCGGAACUCUACGCGGACGCUUCCGGGUCACGCGACGCCGACGUUCCGAGUCAUGUGAUACCAAGAUGGCGGCGCCGCGGUAGCUGGCUUUGGGUUGUGGCGUCCAAGGAGUCGCGACGGUUUCUGCGGUCGGGCCGUGGGGACGGCAACGCGUGGCUGGUCCCUGCGGCUGCCCGUAGCCCCUCGUUAGGCACUCGUUCAGGGCUGGGGCUGUUUCUGUCGCGGUGGGUUCGAGGGAGUGCUGGUGACCUCGCUGCAGGUGCCCUGCGCUGCCCGCGUUCCGCGGAGGAGGAGGAAGACAACUGGCUUCCCGGUCUUCCAGACCUGCGGAGUUCAUGAGGCCUCCGAGGGCCCUGGAGGAGCUACACUUCUGAGGGGGCUGAGGGAGUUCGAGUCCUGGGUGUGUGAGAGGCAGCCUAGUAGCCCCGGGGGCGCAAAGAAGACCGCAACGACUUUGCUUCCUCCUCCAGAGGCCUGGCUUCCCCGCGUGGAUUACCCCCAUAUUCUUUCCCACUUCCUCUCAAUGUUCUCUCCAUAUAUUUGGAAAUAUGAUCAGCGCCCCUGACGUGGUCGCCUUCACCAAAGAAGACGAGUACGAGGAGGAGCCUUACAAUGAGCCGGCCCUGCCCGAGGAGUACUCGGUGCCUCUCUUCCCCUUUGCCAGCCAAGGAGCUAACCCAUGGUCCAAACUGUCUGGGGCCAAGUUCUCUCGAGACUUCAUCCUUAUUUCCGAGUUCUCCGAGCAGGUGGGACCCCAACCCUUGCUGACCAUCCCCAAUGACACCAAAGUUUUCGGUACUUUUGAUCUCAAUUACUUCUCCUUGCGGAUCAUGUCUGUGGAUUACCAGGCCUCCUUUGUGGGCCAUCCCCCUGGGUCUGCCUACCCCAAACUGAACUUCGUGGAGGACUCCAAGGUGGUGCUGGGAGACUCCAAGGAAGGAGCCUUUGCAUAUGUGCACCACCUUACCCUGUAUGACCUGGAGGCCCGUGGCUUCGUGAGGCCGUUUUGCAUGGCUUAUAUCUCGGCAGAUCAGCACAAAAUCAUGCAGCAGUUCCAGGAGCUUUCAGCUGAAUUUUCUAAAGCUUCUGAGUGCUUGAAGACAGGCAACAGGAAGGCAUUUGCUGGGGAACUUGAAAAAAAACUGAAAGACUUGGAUUACACCAGGACAGUGCUGCACACCGAAACAGAGAUCCAGAAGAAAGCCAAUGACAAAGGCUUUUACUCAUCUCAGGCAAUUGAGAAAGCCAAUGAACUGGCCAGUGUAGAGAAGUCCAUCAUUGAACAUCAAGACCUGCUGAAGCAGAUCCGCUCAUACCCUCAUCGGAAGUUGAAGGGGUCUAACUUGUGUUCUGGGGAGAUGGAGCAUAUUCAGGAUCAACGGGACCAGGCAGCCACUACCUCUAACCCUGACGAGUCUGCUGACACAGACCUUUACACCUGCAGACCUGCCUACACCCCAAAACUCAUCAAAGCAAAGUCCACCAAAUGUUUCGACAAGAAGUUGAAGACCUUGGAAGAGCUCUGUGACACUGAGUAUUUCACCCAGACCCUGGCUCAACUCAGCCACAUUGAGCACAUGUUCAGAGGAGACCUGUGCUACCUCCUGACCAGCCAGAUUGACAGAGCACUACUAAAGCAACAGCAUAUAACAAACUUCCUCUUUGAAGAUUUUGUGGAGGUCAAUGACAGGGUGGUAGAGAAACAAGAGAGCGCACCCUCUAAGGCCAGUCAAGACAGGCCGCCUUCCAGGUCUCUAGAAGAAUGUCAGAUUCCUCAAGUGUUAGUCAGCAUUGGCUCUUACAAGUCCAGUGUGGAGUCUGUGCUGAUCAAGAUGGAGCAGGAAGUUGGAGAUGAGGAGUACAAGGAAGUGGAGGUGACAGAACCGAGCAGUUUUGACCCCCAGGAAAGCUUGGACUACCUGGAUAUGGAUAUGAAAGGGAGUAUCAGCAGUGGUGAAAGCAUUGAGGUUUUAGGCACAGAGAAGUCCACCUCUGUGCUGUCUAAGUCUGACAGCCAGGCCAGCCUCACGGUGCCAUUAAGCCCGCAGGUGGUCCGGAGCAAAGCCGUCAGCCACAGGACCAUCAGUGAGGACAGUAUUGAAGUCCUCAGCACCUGCCCCUCUGAGGCCCUCAUCCCUGACGACUUUAAGGCCAGUUACCCAAGUGCCAUUAAUGAAGAAGAAUCAUAUGCAGGUGAAGGUGAGGGAGCCAUCUGCUUCCAGGCAAGCCUCAGCCUGCCAGAGCCGGGUGAGGCAGAGGAGGGCAGCUUGGAAAACACCCUGUCACAGACAGACUCCUGCUGCAUUGGGAAGGAGAGUGACAGUCUGCGAGGGCCACUCUCCACUCCAGUCCACACACUCUCUGACGAGGACGGAGUAGUGAGCAGCCCCCCGCAGCGCUACAGGCAGAAGGACCAGGGGUUCCAUGUGGACUUUGCAGCAGAAAACGCCAGCCCUUCUUCCCGAGACAUCAGUUCCGAAGGCUUCCCUGCUUAUGAGCUCGACCCAAGCUGCCUGCUGGCUAGCCGGGAUGUUAGUAAGACCAGCCUAGACAACUACUCAGACACUACCAGCUACGUGAGCAGUGUAGCCUCUACCAGCUUGGACAGGACUCCCUCCUCUGCUCAUCCUGCCAGUCCCUCUUCUGAGAGGCAUAAAAAGAGAGCUGGCCAGAAUGCUUUAAAAUUCAUCCGUCAGUACCCCUUUGCCCACCCAGCCAUCUACUCCCUGCUUAGUGGGAGGACGCUCGUGGUCCUGGGGGAGGACGAGGCCAAAGUCAGGAAGCUUGUGACAGCGUUGUCCAUCUUUGUCCCCAACUACAGUGGCUCUGUGAAACCCGUGAGGCCUUGGGUCUCCUCUCCUUUGCACAUUAUGGAUUUUCAGAAGUGGAAGCUUAUUGGCCUGCAGAGAGUGGCAUCCCCUGCUAAUGCUGGCACUCUCCACGCCCUGAGCCGCUACAGCCGCUACACAAGCAUCCUGGACCUAGACAACAAAACCCUGCGCUGCCCCCUCUACAGAGGUGCCCUUGUGCCCCGGCUGGCCGACCACCGCACUCAGAUCAAGCGGGGCAGCACCUACUACCUGCAUGUCCAGAGCAUGCUCACCCAGCUCUGCUCCAAGGCCUUCCUCUACACCUUCUGCCACCACCUCCAUUUGCCUGCCCAUGACAAGGAGACAGAGGAAAUGGUUGCCAGCCGCCAGGCAAGCUUCUUGAAGCUGACCCUGGGUCUGGUGAAUGAAGACGUCAAGGUGGUCCAGUACCUGGCUGAGCUGUUGAAGCUGCACUAUAUGCAGGAGUCUCCUGGGACCAGCCACCCCACGCUCAGGUUUGACUAUGUCCCCAGCUUUUUGUACAAAAUCUGAGGUCAGUCCCAGCCACUGUGACCAAGACCUGUGACUCAGGGUUUGGGGAGGGGAGGGAUUGGCAUGACCAAGCAGUCCUCUGAGCUGUUGAGACUUCUGGUGUCAUCAGUGGGAAGGAUACCAAGGUGGCAGCCUUGGUUCCAGGCAGCUUGUGAGUUGGACUUGGGCAGAGGAGGGAGCCUGGCUCUCUCUGAAGGCUUCUGGAAGGACAGUAACAGCUCUUUCGGCUCCCUGGUGAGGAGUGGCCCUGGGGUGGGGAGGGGGCUCUUGGCUUCCAGAGGACUGGUAGCCAGAGCAGGAGACAGCCACAGAUAGGGUGGGAUGAGGGGCAGGAAGGCAAAGCCUGAUGGAAGGAGCACCAUGGCCUCAUUCAGCUCCGCUGAACACUCGAGCAGCAAAAUCGAGGGAAGCAGCCCGUUAACUGGAAUGAUUGGUGGAAAAACAGGACGGCGGACCAUCCAUUGCCUCAUUCAGACCCCAGCUGGGACCCUUUACUUGGCCUCCUAGAGCCCAUCAUCUCAGGAGAGGCCCGGGAGCGAGUGAAGUGGAGAGGAGAAAGCUUGGCCCCAGCUGGGUCGUGGAAAACGCAUAACCUUUUGGGCCCCAAGACACACCUGUUCCCAUCCUCACUUCUGCCUGUAGGUGGGCCUUGGAAAUCACUCCCCUGGUCAGCAGGAGUGACCAGAGUGGUCACUAGUCCCCAGUUGUGAGGAGGAGAGCCCAGGAGAGAGGCAGGGCCAAGGUGUCAUGAGGCCGUCACCACUGUGCAAGCGAUGAGGAGCCAGCAGCUCUGGGGCCCACCAGCUUUUCUGGCCAGAGUGCGUUAGUACUGUCCUCUUGGGGAAGGUCUGCAGACAUGUUGGAACUCCGCAGAGGUCACACCCCAGUCCUCUCACCCAUAGCAGACCUUUGCAACCACUUCACUACCUCUCACAGGCUCUCGUGGGCACGGUGACAGCGGAGUUCUGUUCAGCGGGCUGGUCUGGGUGGGUAGCCCAGCUCAUGGUAGAUAACUCAUGGCAGGGAUUUCCUCCAGGAAGGAGGAAAGCCUCCUUGUGUGGCUCUUUGUGGAUCUGCUUCUGGGAGGCCACACAGGCCUGGAGUAUGCGCACCUCACAGCAGCUCACUCCCACCCCCACGUGCCCCCCAAGUACACACACCUCACCGCAGCUCACCCCCACUCUCACGUGAGUCCCCCCAUUUGUGGAAGGAGCCACUCCCUGGUUCACCCACCUCGACCUCCCUGAGGCUUCUUGCACAGUUGCCACUGGUAUAUAGAUGGUUUCUGGCAACUUUGAAAAUUUUGUACCUUUUAUUUUAAGCUGUGUUUUUCCCUAAUAAGGGAGAACUCUUGGUGUUACUGCUUUUUAAUUUGUUCCCAGAAAAUUGUGAUAAAAUAGACCUACCAGCCACAAGUGGUUGCUCCUGGGCACGCAUGUGCACAUCUAGUGGGCCACGUUCCGUGUAGUUGGGGUCCUGCUGUUGAGACGUGGCACCAUCAGCUUUGUGGCACACCACUGAGGUCAGAGGGGAGGCAGAAACCCCUGGUGACCAAGGAGGGUUGUGUCACGACUCCAGCAGUCCCUUCCUUGCCCAGGUCUUCUGCACAAGGAUACAGUUGUUGGCUCUUGGCCAUCAGCUCUGCUCGGUCCCUAUUCCUGUCAGAGGUUGUGUGUCAUUUUGCUUCUGAGGCUGUGCCCGAGAACCUUGUGGCAGAUGGUGCUGCGUACAUCUCAUUGGUUUUCUUUAUACCUGUUCCCGUUGCAUAUGUUCACAGGGGUCGCCAGGACUGUCUUGGCAGCUUUAAAAUGUGAAGUGUGUGUUUGCACGUGGGGAAGGCUGCGUAGGAAAGCUGUUUCUCUUCAUGGGCUCCUCUGUUACCACCUCCUCUCCCUCAUGUUCUAGAUGCUGCUUUGUUUUCUAACUGGGUGGCUAACUGCUGUCUAGUUAGGGCUCCAGGGACAUGAUCUUGUGACAUUUUAUCUCCAAAAGAAGCAAGGUCUGUGGGGUCCACAUGACAAAAUGGAAAGUGAUCAUUGGCACCACCAUUGCUAUUUCUUUCCUAUGUUUCACCCCAACAUGGACUCUACAGUUAACACUGUUCUCAGCUGGGAAACUGAUAAAGGCAGAAGGUCAGUCUUACUUGGCCUUCCAGAAGCAAAAGCCACGCACUACUAUGGCUGAAGUAGAAGGCCCCUUUGGAGAGUGUUUGCUCGGAAGCUCCGCCUCAAGGAAGGCCCUGAGGACUGCAAGGCGAGACCAGUUGGGUGUGAACAGAAGACACUGUCCUGUGGGGCCAGCCACAGAGAGAGCAAACGGGGAGCGCCUCACUGAGUUGUUUCUUCAUUAAGAAACAAAGUUGGCUUCGCGGACCGACUAGUGGUUAAACUGCAGGAUUUAAAUUUCGUUUGAAAUCUAACUUUUCACUGUGGCAGUUUCAAAGGACUGCUUGAUGCCAAGUAUGUUUCUUCUCAAAGGGAUCUUGAAGUGGAACUGGGACUGAGCCAGUCUGGGCAGAGACAGGUGAGACCAUGCAGCUGCCCCUCCAGUGCCCUCCACUUGGGAGAACUGGAACCUACUAGAAGCCUUAGAUGCAUCUGUAAACCUUAAUGGUGGGACUAAUCUCUUCAAGAAUUCUCAUUUGAGGCUUUCCUCUAGUAAUAGGUCAGUAAGUGUUAAUAAAACAUUUAAAAACACUUCCCAGAAAACAGAGGACAUCAGUGCCCCUUUGCACUUCUUCAGUCCCGUCACUUUGAAGGCCCAGGCACCGAAACUUUGAGGUGCAUGUCAAUCUUAACUUCCAAUCCAUUACCUGCCCCCUCCCUUUUUUGAAAGCAGUCCAGGUUAAGAAAAACCUGAUCAGGCUAGCAGUUAUGCAGUAGUGGUUUCCAGAAGCUCCAUUUUAGAGAAGCCUUUUUCAGCUGGAGCCUUUUAUAGCACCUGUGGCACUGGGGACACUCCAGCCUGAGCUGCUCACACCUCCCUGUUUCCCUAGGGACCUUGCUCCAUUAGUGGAAUCUUUGGAUUUUAGAAGCUGUGACGGAAUUUUCCAUAAUUUACUGCAAUGGCUGAAUUAUACACAUUGUACCAGAAUUUGGAAAUGGGCCAUGAUGGCUCACUUGUCAUUUCCCACCUAGCUUUUAACUUCUUUCAGAUCAGGUACUAUAUUCAAAGUAUAGUAGACUUCAACUGCAAAUGAAUAACAAAUCCCAUUUCAAAAUCCUAGGAAGGCCAAUAGAUUCUACCCCAAGUGCCAGGGCUGCUGCAAUUAAGUGACAUGUUUCUGGAGGCCCAGAGCAGUCUUGAAAAUCGCACGUGCACACAUACCACCACUUCUGCCAGUGCUGGACGCACACUCUGCCUCCCCAGUUGUUGCAUGGCAGGCCAGCUUCUUGUGCUGCUGCCAUGUCAUCUUUGCGUGGGUAGUAGCACUCCUCAGCUGGUGGGGGUCCACUGGUAGGUGAACAGCCUUCAGAGGCACUGAUCCCCCAAACCAGCAAUCCGAUUUUACCUCCCAUCUCCUCAGUCAGAAGGAAGUGCCUUGGUUCGUGCUUCCAAGCAAACCAGCCAGCUUUCUGGCUUUUCCCCAGUACUGUGAUAGAAAGUGAUAAAACUGGAAUCUAAGAAAGAGAUAGGGUAUUAGAUUGCAAAAAGGAAAAAGCAUCAAAUUUCUACUUCUGGCUGGAAGCAAAACCAAUCUCAGCUGAUAAGGUUUGAGCACACCAAGUUCUCCUGAGCCUUUUCUCCCUUGAGCACUGACCUAAUCUGGCCUUAGCUGUCAAGGUUUGGUUUGGGCCAUGGGAGGGAGGAAGCAGGAGUGGAGAGGGGAUGCAACAAGCACUUUCCAGUGAAUUAAGCUGCUGGUAUGGGACCCUGGCUUCCUGGGAGUGACUGUUGAGCUUCAAAGUGGAGGCUACCGGGGUCUUGGAGAUGUCUCUCUGUCUUCAGUUGGAGAAGAGUCAAGCCCUGAAUAUAAGACUGUUUUGGCAGCAUAACGGCUCCCAAAUUGAACACAGAGAUGUGGGACUGGUGUGUCCCCCACGUCCCAUGGAGACUGCAGCAGCGGUCCCACCUGUGCUGGAGUAAAUGCCACAGGGGCGCCUGCCAGGCAGGACCACAGGGUGCCUCACCCACCGACUGCCCAACAUCAGCUGGCUGGCUACACAGGUUGGGUUGAGAUAAAUGCCGCCUUUACGGUUAUAGUGGAAAGCAUAGUCUGUGAGGAAGUUGUAUUUGUUAUUUUUUGGAAAGCUAUUUUAUUACUGCAUGUUCCUCUGUCCGUGCGUGUGAAUGUGAGUUCAGCCACUCAUGAGCCGCUGUCGUCGUCAUGGUGGCUAAGGACAAAAGUGUGACAGACACUUGUGAGCCAGGCAGCUCCUAAGUAAGGCUGCACCAGAGUUUAACCAGAGUAAAUGCCAAACAAACAGUAUGAGAAGUGUACUUUUUAAGAAAUUUAUUUAUUUGAGUUGAGAUAUUUUUGAAAUAUAAAAACUGGUUGUAUUUUUUAAAGCUAUAAUUCUUGUAGACAUUCUGUGGUUAAAAACUUGAUUGUGCUUAUUAAAAAUGGUCAUCUAUGUUUUGCACUUCA